UCUGUGCUUAAGUACAUACAACUCAAUAGUGACAACAGUCAUUGUGUUAUAAAAAUGUGUAGUUUCACUUUUUUAGUUUUAAUUUUCUUCCAGUGUCAAGUUAGAUGUCAGUGGAGCGAUAUUGAUAAUCUGAAAUCUAUGAAGUUUAGUUCUACACAUGGUCCAAAAAUUGUUCUCCUUGACAACGACACGGUUGCUAGGCGAUAUGAAGGCGGCUGCUACUCGGUGUGCUUUAGUGAUCAACCAUUGCCUGUAGGGGAGACGUUGCAUUUCAAUAUUACUGAAAUUGAAAUGGGAUGGUUGGCAAACUUGAAUGUCGGAAUCAUUUACAAAUCACCUGAUAGCUUCUUGCCUGGAAGCCUCGUCUUGUGCGACGCCAAUGUCAGUGCAUCACUUCCGGACACGAAGGUUUUCAUCUUUGAGAGAUUUUAUUCCUCUGACAAUGUGUAUAGUUUUAGAGUGGAUGAAGCGGGGAUAGCGUAUUUGUCACCAAAUGUAACCAAUGAUGAUGUAAUAUUCACGGAAUUUGAUGUAAAUAGGACAUUCUGGGUAAUAUUUAACAUCUUUGGAGACAGCAAAGCUGUGAAAUUGCUUGGAUUGAGUUAGAAUGAAACCAUGAUAUGACUGUACUUAUCUGUCUGCGUAAAUACUUGCUUUUAUUAAAAAAGAACAAUCUGAAUUAAAAAAAAUAUCGUGCAAUUUAUUCUCCUACAGCUUAUAAACAUUUCAUCAAGUUGCUACAGGAUCAAACAAGCAACAUAUUGGUAAG